AAGAAGUGACCUGGUCAAAACAUGUAGGUCUACACAAUGUAUACCUAUUUAAACUUAUAAACGUCAUACAUAGUUUAACUAGAUAAUCAACAUCCAUACCGGACAACAAUAGAAGACUAUACGUCACCACUGACCACCAGACACGAUUUCUAUGCACAGGAAGUGAUUCAUUCAUGAGUGUCCUGUCUGAUUACUUAAGACCCCAGGAAACCUCUUGAACCGAUGCGAAUUAAAGACAGGGGAACAUGGUGUCGAUUUUUAUCUUGGAUAUUUAAGGAAACAUUGGCGAAUAGACUCUGAAUAUCUCGUCGAUUAAGGCUAGUUUCGUUUCUCAGCAUUGCAAUCAGCGAACAUAAGCUUAUCUCCUUUGGAUUGUAUCAGUCCUCUAUUGAGACUACAAUGAGACUUGCGAUUUGACGUUUUUUGGAAAAUCGGUUUUGGUUCCGAGGCGAGGACAACACGUCGACAGACAACGAUAUCAUGGCAGCUCCACACGAUAAGGCCGCUUUACAACAUUCUACAGCUUCACCGCACGCGUUUUUCGACCCGUUAGAGUUAGAGUUCUUCAACGCCUCCAACAGUAGCGGAGCUACAGUUGAACCGUCAGGAACUGAAGUUUUUGUGGGUUCCGUCAUCGCCACCAUCGUAUCAUGUUCCCUCUCAAUCAUCGGUGCACUGACAAUAAUCUUCACCUUCAUCUUCUUCAAGGAGAUACGAACAACAUCCCGGGGACUCUUGGUCUUCUUAUCCAUCGCAGACUUGAUCACCGCUGCUAGUCUCCUGUACGGCAUCAUCGGGAAUUUCCAAGAGAACUGUCUGGCUUGUCAGAUCCAAAGUGCCUUCGUCUGCUUCGGGCAGACUAGCUCCUUCUUCUGGACCACUUCUGUGACAGUCUACCUGUACCUUACCAUCGUGAAAGCGGACAUCACUCUAGCUGGGAAGCUCCAGCGAUACUUUCACGCCUUCAGCUGGGGUCUUCCGCUGGCAAUCGUCAUCAUCGCUGGGUCAUUGGACGGGCUAGGCUAUGAUUCGUCCAACACUUCCGUACGGUGGUGCUGGGUCUAUCUGGAGAAUCCACACUAUGUUUUCUGGAUGUUGUUCACGUGCAAGUUUUGGGAGUUUGUUGCCUAUAUCAUCAUACCCUUGCUGUGUAUUCUGAUGAAAGUGCACAUCUACAAACAACGUAGGAGGCGCCGACCGUCCACAUUGAUGAUACAAACAGAUACAAUGGAAGCCCUGGUUCGCAUCAAUAGGAAGCUGCUUUUCAUCCCAACAGUCUUCAUCCUGCUGCGAAUCUGGGGGACACUCCGGUUUAUUCUUUACCUGGCAGACAGCCCUGUCGUGUCAGACCCAACGCUGGUCACCCUCCAUGGAAUAGGAAACUCAUUCCAAGGUGGCGCAAACUGCAUCCUGUACUGUUUACUCACUACGAAGAUCCAACAGAAGUUAAAAGAAUCGUUUUUGUAUCUCUUCAAGUGUGUUCCAUGUCGGAAUACCUCGGCGGACCCUAACGACAGCCCGUGGGACAGAAACAAGUCCAAGUGUUCUCCGUGCAGCCCUUGCUGCUUACGGAAAAAGACCUUCGUGCACGUCAAAUCAUUGGACUACUAUGAUAAAUUGGGGGCUGGGGAGUCCACCAAGUUACUAGACCAUUGACCGACAAAAAACUACUUUAAGCAAUUUAAGCAAUAUAAGAAUUUAACCAGCGAUGGUUCAGUAACCUAAGACAUCUUUGGUCGUAGCAUUGUUAUACAAAGUUCAUUGCGCCAGGUUUAGUCCGCAGUGGUUUGGUUGGUAUAAAGUAUGACGCUAUAGGCGAAAUGACAGCUCUACCCGAUGGUGUUUGGUGAGACAAUUGCAACCAAUGCCGACAGUCAUGUAUCAAUUUCUAGACUUAGAUACCUCAAACUAGGAAUUGAAAUGUAAUUUUUAUUUGCUGCUUCCCGCUUUUUCAUCCAGAAUACACAUUACUACACGAUGGAUUCUACAUGUGCAUCCUCUAACACUUCAUGUUGCAUGCCACAAUGCACAUAAAACCAAUGGCAGCAAACACGCCAGAAAACUACUGUACAUCCUUUUUAGGGGAGAAGUCGCUUGAGUUUCAGUUGAAGUGACAGUUCUACGUUGAAGUGACAGUGUUCCUAAGUUGUACAUCCUUGGACUUCUGCCACCUGCAACAGGUCAUCACCAACACUACAACACAAAGAACAACCCCGACACUUUGGAGGACAAUCCGUGUUGUGACCUGUUCGACAUCUGGCGGGAAGUGACUCCAUCGGUCUAACUCGUAUAUCUCGGUGUAAUCUUUACAGAUUGUUGUGUACGUUGUUCCUACGCCUGGGGCUACAGUUGUAGCGGUUUCGUUGUAACACUGGUGUUUGAUUAUAUCACAUGUUACCCAAAUACUGCCAUUGUAAGUGCAUCCAUAUAGAUCACUGUCCUGGACGAGCCCACGGCCAUGCCAAGCAACGAAGAAAAUCACGGCAGCCGCAGUGAAAAGGUGAAAGAUAA